AUGGGACAGAUAGUGCGCGUAUACACCGGUAGCGACGGCGAGAGCCAUUUCGAACACAUUACUCCGGAUCAGUUCGCCGAGAUCGCCAACAACGUUGGUCCCGGCGACAUCAACGUCGGGCGCCGAGAAUCCCCGAGUUUCUCCGAUUACCACAAUGCCCCGCGCCGCCAAUACGUCGUGAACAUGAACGGCAUUGCCGAGUUUGAGGUUGCUGACGGCACUGUGGUGCGUAUGUUCCCAGGCGAUGUUCUGGUCGCCGAAGAUUUGACCGGCCAUGGACACAUCGCCCGCAGCAUCGGGGACGAUUUCCGCGUUUCCCUGGCGGUUCCCCUUGCCGAGGGCUAG